UGUUUAAAAUGUUUAUAUGCCAAAUAAUUUCAACAAAUUAGUAAUUUGUUAUUUCAACCUUUAUAAAGUUAAAACAAGUGGACAUUGUGCCAACUAAAGUAUAUUCAUAAUAAACAUUCGCUAAAUACAAGUAUGAAAACAAGUUGAAAUAAAUAACUUUUUGAUAUUUUUCAACUAAAAAAAUGGAGUCAAAUACGGGCAGUAGCGUACGCUGCACAAUCGAAAAUAUGGAUACAAACCAACCAACGGUAUCCGGUGUUGUCGAAACAGUUCGAAGUUUACCACCAUCAGUUAAUGCAACAUCAACAAUUCUAAGCAAACCAAUUCCAUUACGACCGGUUGGGCUGGGAUCAUCACGUGUGGUUGUUAUACAAAGUCCAAAUUUAAAAGCAUCAGAAUUUACACAAGGAUCAAAUGGACAAAUAAUGCUAUCAGCAUUAACACAAAAAUCUGCAACCGCAAAUAAAUCAAUACCGUUAACCAAUUCCAUAAUAAUUCCAUCAUCGAAUGCAUCUCUCAUAUCCGGCAAAUCGCAAAUUAUGUUACAAACCCCUAAAAAUAUUGUGCCUGUAACAGUUUCUACUUCGACUGGUAAUAAACAACAGUACGCGUACUUAAGUACAAUUAUGAAACCAGUAACUGCCGUUAACCGUAAAACAAAUGAGAAUCAAAUUUUAACACAUCUAUCAGUCGUACCAGCACCAACAAAUCAAAAAAUCGUUUUUAAAUCAAUUAAACCGAAAGUUCAAACAAGUACCGUGCGACGAUUAUCUGCAGAAGCUAUAAAUCCGUUAAACACACCAAAACCCGUUACCCAACAAACAAUUCCUACAACCAUUAAUUCGAAUAAUUUAUUUCUUCCUAUUUCCACAGCCACACGUUCUCCUAUUAUAAAACCUAAACCUUUAAGUUCUGUAAUUAAUUUAAAAAUAACGAAUGGUCAAAUACAGAGUGAAAAUAAAUCGGGCAUAACAGUAUUACGUGAAAAUUCGUUUCCUACUAUGGCUUCUUCACAACAACAAGUACCUCAACCGCCUAGACCUCACCAACCUCCACCCUUACAAUUGUUAACAAAACCAAUGCCAUCAAUGCCGGCACCCACAAUUACCACAAGUUGUGUGAAAAUUCCAACUCCAACAGAAAAAGAAAUCCCACCGAUCAUAACAGCCGAAAAAGAGUAUACGCUUUCUAUACCAGAGGGAAAUACAAAUUUUCUCGAUGCUGAUUCAUCAAUUGAAUUGUCAAUAAAAGAAAAUUCGACUGAUACCGUGGAAGUAACAUGUACUAUAUCAAACUCGAAAGAAAAACCGAAAAACGGUAGUAGUAGUGGAAAUGGUGAUAAAAAUCGAAGUGAUUUGACGAUCGAGAAAAAUAAUAAUACGGCAGCAAAUGAACCAUCAAGUACACCGAAAAAAAUUCAUGAAGUAGCAAUUUUAAAAAAACCGCGUCUAUCGUUACAAGAUACAGAUUGGAAAAAAUCACGUACUGAUUUUGUUUCAAUUCUUGAUCGGGAUAAAGAGAAAAAACCGGAUGAAAUAGAUACGGUCAAAAUCGUUCCGCUAAAUUUGGAAAUGAAGAAAAAAGAAAAAGAACCAGACAUUCAAGAGGCAGUUAUUGAGAAUAAACUGCCAGAAAUAACGAAAACAAUUGUUACAGAACGCCGACGUAAAUCGCAUAAUACAAUUUUAAAGGACGAUGAUGAAAUCGAAUUCACGUCAAGUAUGUCACCAGAAUAUGAUGAUCAAGGACCACCAAAAUUUAAACCACAUCUAGAUACAACAUUCAAAAAAUUAUCUAUGCGUAAAGAGUUAGCAACGAAAUCAAAGUUGGCCGUAGAUGAUAUACAAAUUGAGUUAAUAAAAAAAGAGGAGCCACCAUCUGAAUUAACAUCUGAAGAAGAUUUUGAUUUAAUCAAAGCUUUAGAAUGGGAAGAUGGUAUUGGUAAAUUGCCUGGAAGUGAUUUAAAAUUCCAUAUCAAUGAAUUUGGUUUUGUACAAAUGGUUACUGACAGUGAUAUUGAACGUAUCAAGUCAUCGUCGACCGCUAUUAAUAAAAUGGAAAAUAAUGGAUGUGAAUUUACAAAACCAAUUAAGAAAUUAGAUUCAGAGAUUGUUUUAUAUUGUAUUGCUUGCGGCUGCUACGGUUGUCGAUCGGAAUUUAUGUCGUCAAUGUUUUGUUCCACAUCAUGUUCGGAACGAUAUUCUAAAGAAACUGAUGCUAAGAAUAAGAAAAAAGGCGAUAAGAAACCAGUUAAUUUAAGUAAAAAGAAAUCUUCUAAUGAAUUCGAAACAACGUCAGCAAAUAUAAAAACAGAAGUCGGUAGUUCAAACGGUACACCAGCCCAAAGUGAUGAUGAUAAUACAUCAAACGAUACGACACAAGGCCGAACAUACCCAUGGCUAACCGGUAAAAAAGGUUUUUCAUGGGCAAAAUAUUUAACACAUAUUAAUGGCAAAUCAGCACCAAUAAAAUUAUUUAAAGAACCAUUUCCAUACACAAAAAAUGGCUUUAAAGUUGGUAUGAAAUUAGAAGGUAUUGAUCCACAACAUCCGUCCCAUUAUUGCGUAUUGACUGUUGCCGAAGUAUUAGGAUACCGUUUACGUUUACAUUUUGAUGGAUAUCCAGAUAAACAUGAUUUUUGGGUGAAUGCCGAUUCAUUAAAUAUAUUCCCAAUUGGGUGGUGUGAUAAAAAUAAUCAUAAGCUAUAUCCACCAAAAGGACAUUCUCAGGAUGUUUUUAAUUGGACGACAUAUUUGAAACAAUGCAAAGCACAACCAGCUCCACGUGGGUUGUUCUUAAAUCGUCCAGAAAAUUCACCAUGUCCAAAUGGAUUUAGACUUGGUAUGAAAUUAGAAGCAGUUGAUAGAAAAAAUUCGUCUCUAGUUUGUGUAGCAACGGUUUCUGAUAUUAUGGACAACCGAAUACUUGUACAUUUUGAUAGUUGGGAUGAUAUUUAUGAUUACUGGGCAGAUCCUUCAUCACCAUACAUACAUCCUGUUGGAUGGUGUGAAUCAAAGGGACAUAGUUUAACACCACCAAAUAAAAUCUACAAGUUUUCCCAACAAUACGAUGGAUCAAGUUUUAAAGAUCCAGAAACAUUCACUUGGGAAACGUAUUUAAAAGAAACAAAAUCACAAGCAGCGCCUGCGAGAGCAUUUAAACAACGACCUCCAAAGGAAUUUAAACGUGGUAUGCGUAUUGAAUGUGUUGAUAAACGUGUACCGCGGUUUAUUCGUGUUGCAACUGUCGACGAUGUUCGUGAUCAUCAGAUACGUGUUAGUUUUGAUGGGUGGCCGGAUAAGUAUAGCUAUUGGGUUGAUGAUGAUAGUCCAGAUAUACAUCCCGCUGGUUGGUGCCAAAAAAGUGGUCACCCGAUUCAACCUCCGUUAACACCGGAAGAUAUUUAUAGUUCAGAAUGUACUACACCUGGAUGUCGAGGUUGGGGUAAUGCAUUAGGACCACAUUUAGAAGUUCAUCAUAUAGCCGCUGCGUGUCCAUAUUCUGAUGAGAAUUACGAUAAAGAAUUAAUUUCGGAUCGAUUAUUGGGUGACUUGAAACCUGAAAAACCUGACGAAGCUGUACCGUUAUCUAAAGAACCAAAAAGACAUGCAGCAGAUUCUACAACUGCAAGUUCCACAAUUAAAGAAAAUAAAUAUACGAAACGAAAAAAUUAUAACUGUGAUAGUGAUGACGAAUGGUCGUCUAUACGUGGCGCUAUGAAUGUUGGAAAUAUUGACAAAUCAAAACCGAGCAAAAAACGAAAACGUACUCAAUCACAGGAUCAAGACGACGACAACCACCCAUCACUUAACAACUUUGUAUCAAAAUUAAUGGUACGACCUGAUGCAGAUUUAUUAAAAAGUGUUACGCAAGAUAAUUACGAUCCAACUUUAAUACCAGAUCCAAAUAAAAUCACUCCAUUCCGUUGGGAAAAACAUUCAAAGAAUAUCGCACCAUAUGUAAAUAAUGUAAAAGAUCCACGCACAUGGACCGAACAUGAUGUUGUUGAAUUUAUUAGCACAAUACCAAGUUGUAAAGAUUUAAGUAUUGUGUUCUCAAAACAUCAAAUUGAUGGCGAGGCAUUGUUAAUGUUAUCACAACAUGAUUUAACAUCCAUAUUAGGUUUUAAAUUAGGUCCCGCCAUUAAAUUAUAUAACAGUAUUGUGCUAUUAAGACAAAAUGUUUUAAUGUGUUGUUAAACGAGAUUUAAAGAAAGUAAAGAGAAAUAUAACGUUGAUUGUUUCUCUUUAAUGUGUGUUUUUCUUUUUUCGAAAAGUGAAAGAAAUUAAAAAAAAAUGUGUUCAGACUU